AUGCCUCUUGACAAGUCGGGCGCGCUCUUGGUGGUGGCCGGGGAUCAGAAUACAUGGAUGGAGGCAUACAGCUCCAUGCGACGUGGAGGUAAAAUAACCCGCCACAUGAAGUUGCCAAAGACACCGAGCAAGGCGCUCAAAUUCCUGGCGUACAGCGCCGGAGCGCCUCGUGGGACAACAUCCAUUCGGAAGUCGAGCAAGAUACGCCCAGAGGACAUGUGGUGGGACGGAGCGCACGUGAAAUAUCAAGAGAGCGAUCCUCGCAUUCUCUGGGUUGGUUCGAAGACGCCUGAAGUGGAAGAUGAUGAUGAUGAAGACGACGACGACGGCAAUGAUGAUUAUGGCAACUACUGCGGCUGCGGGCAUCCACCUGGGAGCAACUACUGCGGAGGGUGCGCAACGCCGUACCUCGGAUGGGAAAGCCACAGCCCCGACUACUGGCACGACAGCUACGGCCACAACUACGACUACUACGGCCACUACAACGCACCGCAAGUGCCCUGCCAGGAGAUGUCAUACUCGAUGCCGGCCGGCUAUCCGCUGCCAGAGGACAAACGCGGGCGGCGCUUCACUCGGAUGGCCUCGCCGCCGCCGCGCGGCGACGACCCCGACGAACACUUUGUCUGGCAGGCGGGAGACUACGGACCCGUGCGCUACAGCGCGCCUCGGAUGCUGCCCCUGUGCGAGGAUCCGUGGAAGAGGCCCAGCGGCGUGGACAGGUAUCGAUGUGGGUGA